UGGAAAUAGCCCGCGCGACUAGUACUAGCCGGUGCCAAAAUGAAAGUGGAUGCAGAGUUGAUGUUUGAAUGUCUAAUUUACUUGAACGUGUUCUACUACCCUCUUUUCUUCAUCUGCGAGACGAUUUUGGUGGCGGCGAAGUGGCAGAGCGCCGUCCCCACGCCCGGCAUCGAGGAAGAUGCCAGCGUUAUUUUUACCGUGCUGGCCGUAGAGAUCGCAAAAAUUUUAGUUUAUCGGAAAUUUAAAGACAGAAAGCGAGAUUUGGUGACGGGAGUUGCGGUUUUUAUGACUUUCAUCACGAUCGCUGGGUGUCUUUACACUUUCUUUCUUCAGCAUUUCGUCGCGAGGUUAGAGUAUAUUUUGUGUGCGAUGAUGAUUAUGUUAGCAGUGACGGAGAUUGCAUUCGGGACCAUGCAGAUUCUUCCAUGUUUUAAGAAAGUGCAAUACUAUUAAAUAAAGGAUCGAGUUGUG